AUGAGCCGCAGACCUCGCAAGGUGUGCUUCGUGACCAUCGGAGCCACCGCCCCAUUUGACGUGCUCCUUUCGAAUGUCUUAAAUAAAUCUUUUCUCGAAGCUCUGCAACAGCACGAAUAUACUACGCUUGUGAUCCAAUAUGGCAAAGAAGGCCGGGCCGUUUUUGACAAAUUUACUAAAAAGCAUGCCCCCGGCAGCCCAGAGCGGUGUGGCCUUGAUAUCCAAGGGUUUGGCUUCAAGCAAGAUGGGCUGCUGCGGGAAAUGCGCUUGACGAAAUCGGACGACAAGCUGGAUUCUUUAGAAGGAAUGAUACUUAGUCAUGCAGGAUCGGGAUCUAUAAUGGAGGCGCUCAGGAUCGGUGUUCCUCUAGUCGUCGUGCCAAACCCGGCACUUCAGGAUAACCACCAAGAAGAGCUUGCGCGAGAAAUCGAGAAGAACGGAUGGGCUGUAACAGGUAGAUUAGACAAUCUCGCGCAGUCGGUUGAGAAAGCGGAGGAUCUUCGCCGUGCUGCCCGCAGUUGGCCACCCGUUAAUAGCGGCGAGACGAAGUAUAAGAGAGGACUGGCUGGAGUUAUGGAGGAUGAAAUGGGGUUUGUGGAUUGA